GAUCAAUUCAGAAUCGACUCAAUUCUAACCUUAGCAAAACCCUAGCCCGAAUCGUGCCCUCCCCUCUCCCUCCCGUCCUCGUCGCGCCGUCCCUCCAAGAGCAUCCUCCUCCUCCUCCUCUUCCUCCGCGCCGCCGAUCACCGAGCACCGAGCAGCCAUGGCGAACCCAGCACCAGCGGCGGGAGGGAAGUCGUUCCUGCAGGCCAUAGCAACUGUCACCGAGGAGGCGCCGCCGCCGCUCCGUGUCGUCCAGAUGGAGGGCCUGGCAGUUCUGAAGAUCAUUAAGCACUGCGAGGAGUUUGCGCCAGCUCUGGUUACAGGGCAACUGCUUGGUUUGGAUGUUGGUAGUGUUCUGGAAGUGACCAACUGUUUCCCUUUCCCUACCAGAGAGGAUGAUGAGGAGGCAGAUGCAGAUGGUGCAAACUAUCAGCUCGAGAUGAUGAGGUGCUUGAGGGAGGUUAACGUUGACAAUAACACAGUUGGAUGGUAUCAGUCUUGUUUGCUUGGAUCUUUUCAAACUGUCGAACUGAUUGAAACAUUUAUGAACUAUCAGGAGAACAUCCGGAGGUGUGUGUGCAUCGUGUAUGACCCAUCUAGGUCUAGUCAAGGAGUGCUAGCUCUCAAAGCCCUGAAACUCACUGACUCAUUUAUGGAGCUUUACCGUAACAAUGGUUUGACUGGAGAGAAGUUAAGGGAAAAGAAAUUGUCAUGGGUUGAUAUUUUUGAGGAGAUACCGAUCAAAGUGUCCAACUCUGCGCUUGUCAGUGCUUUCAUGAAGGAGCUGGAACCUGAAUCACCUGUUUCACAGUGUGACUUUGACCGUCUUAAAUUGUCAACUGCUCCAUUUAUGGAAAGGAACUUGGAAUUUAUGAUUGGGUGCAUGGAUGCUCUUUCUUCCGAGCAAAACAAGUUCCAAUAUUAUUAUCGCAACCUAGGGAGACAACAGUCACAGCAGCAGGCAUGGCUUCAAAAGAGAAGGCAAGAAAACAUGUCGAGAAAAGCUGCUGGCGAGGAGCCAUUGCCAGAAGAAGAUCCAUCCAACCCUAUCUUCAAGCCUCUUCCCGAGCCAUCACGCUUGGAGGGUUAUCUUGUAACCAAUCAGAUCUCCAGUUACUGCAACCAUAUCAACGGGGUUGCAGGCCAGAAUUUCAACAGGCUAUACCUGGCGAAGGCGUUGCAGGAGGAUUAGGUGAUGGAUGGUGGCAGCUGGUGUGUGAUUUAACUUAACACUGUACCGCACCUCAGUUUUGCACAAUGUACUUCAUGUGAUCAUGCACAUUGUCUAUUUUCUUUCGCCAAGAAUGCCAGACCGUUUAGUUGAUAUCAUUAUUUUGUUGGUCCUUAUCCCCUCAGAUUCUUUGCUUGCUUGUGAGCCGGUCUUCAAUGCAUAAAAGGUUAACACUUACACUUGACAA